AAAUAUGAAUUUGUUAAAUUCCCUUUCCAUUGUUUCACAAUGCUAACUCAACUUUGUAUGCUUUGCUUAGGUUACAGGGACAAACAUGGGAGACAGAGAAAUUAUUGAUUUAUCUAGUGAUGAUGAGAGUGAAAACGAAAAGGUUAUUCCCACAGCUGUGAAGCAGGAGCCAGAUCUUGUUUUCGAUGUAAAGCAAGAAAAAUCGAGUAAUAAAGGUGAACUGGCGAAUCGAAAUGGACCUCGCAUUCAUUCUGUUCGAGCAGCUGUUGAUGAUGAUUCAGACGUUUCUUAUGCGUCAGCCAUUUGUGCAGCACCCCUUACUCGGCAGUUUUGGAAAGCUGGGACUUAUGAUGAUGACCCUGCUUCGAAAAAAUUCACACUCCAAAAUGUCAAAAACUAUCUACAUGUACACCCUAUGUUCCUUCACUCGAAUGCAACUUCACAUAAGUGGGCAUUUGGUGCCAUAGCGGAGCUUCUCGAUAAUGCAGUUGAUGAGAUCCAAAAUGGGGCUACCUUUGUCCUUGUAGAUAAAACUUCGAAUCCAAAGGAUGGAAGUCCAGCAUUGCUGAUUCAAGAUGAUGGUGGUGGAAUGGAUCCAGAAGCAAUGAGGCAUUGCAUGAGUUUUGGAUUUUCAGAUAAGAAGUCAAAGCUGGCUAUUGGGCAGUAUGGUAAUGGCUUUAAGACCAGUAGUAUGAGGCUUGGGGCUGAUGUCAUAGUCUUCAGUCGGCAUAUGAGUAAUGGGAUAUUGACGCAAAGCAUUGGACUUCUGUCAUAUACAUUUUUGGUGCAAGAAAAGCUUGACAGAAUAGUAGUACCCAUGGUAAACUAUGGGUUUAAUUCAUCAACUGGAUCAUUGGAGAUAUUAAAUGGCAAAGAGCAUUUUGUGACCAAUUUAUCUUUGAUUUUGCGCUGGUCUCCAUACUCAUCAGAAGAAGAACUUCUUGGACAAUUUAGUGACGUUGGAUCUCAUGGUACUAAAGUCAUUAUCUACAACUUGUGGCUUAACGAUGAUGGGAACUUGGAGCUAGAUUUUGCUACGGAUCCCGAGGAUAUUCGAAUCGCUGGGGAUGUAAGGAAGAUUGACACAAUUCCUGCCUGGAGGGAAACAAAUGAGAAACAUAUUGCUCAUCGGUUCCGUUUCUCUUUACGUGUUUACAUGUCAAUAUUGUACUUGCAGAUACCAGAAAGUUUUCAUAUGUUUUUGAGAGGCAUAAUUGUGCAGCCACAUAACAUUGCUGAUGAUCUUAAAUAUAUUGAAUUUAUCUUGUAUAAACCACAAGUUGGUGGAACCGUGGAGGCAACAGUUGUGACAACAGUUGGAUUCCUAAAGGAAGCUCCUCGAGUCAUUAUGCACGGUUUCAAUGUAUAUCACAAAAAUCGGCUAAUACUGCCAUUUUGGCAGGUUGUGAACUAUAUAGACAGUAGAGGCAGAGGAGUUGUCGGUAUCCUGCAAGCGGAUUUUGUUGAGCCAACUCAUAAUAAGCAAGAUUUUGAGAAAACUUCUUUGUUUCAAAAGCUUGAAGCGCGAUUGAAGGAAAUGACAUGGGAAUACUGGGACGUGCAUUGUAGAUUGCUUGGGUAUCGUGAAAAGUAUCCAGUUCCUAAAGCGAAACAAGCCGAACUCAAUAGAAAGUCCUACCUUGUUGAUGCUAAAGCAGCAAAUGAAAAUGCUGAACUACGCAAGAGAACCAUGCGAAACACAUCUGAGCAAGGAUCUAAUAACAAGAGGAAGAUAUAUGAACAGGUAGACCUCCAUAAUUCAAAAAAGCAUGCAAAAGAAGAGAAUGUUAAAGGUGUUGGCAUAUCUCAGAAUAUGCAGGUUAUUCCGGCUCCUGCGGAGCAGGUGCUAGAUCAAGAGACCUUAACAUUGUUGGAUGAAAACCAGAAACUACAGACAAAAUGUUUGGAAUCUGAAAAGAUACAAGAAGAACUUAAUCUUAAGGUAACAGAUCUUAGAAGUAAAAUAGAAGCAGCCAGAGAGCAGCAAAAUCUACUAUUGGCUCAACUACAACUGCUAGAUGUGAAAGAUGAGUAGUACUAGUUGUGGUGGUAAUAGUAGUAGUAGGUGUAGCUGUCACAAAUGGCAGUGUUCAAAUUCUUUGAUUUGUAGAAGUGUUGUACCGAAUUUGGAUCCUCUGAAGUCUCCUCUGAAGUCUGAAGUAAAAAAGUUGGUAAAGUGGUAAAGUAAAGGGUUAAUCAGUAUUGAUUUUAUAACUUCCAAAAAAUGUGUCUUUCAUUAUCUUAAUUUAAUAACGAUUAACUCUUUACUUUACCACUUUACUAACUUUCUUACCUUGGAGAUCUUCAUUCGGGUUGUACCAUAUGUAUAGUUUCACUUUCACACCCUAAAUAGGUGUGUGGCUAGCUAAUUUUGGUUUUUGGAGGGGCAUAGUGAUCAUUUAAUGCUGUAAGCCAGUUUGGUUAGUCUUCUGUAUACAUGUAAUAUGAUGAGCCAUUAUUUGUGAAUGAGUAGGGCAAUUUUUUCGUUUC